UUGCUUAUCCAGAGUGCAUGCCUUAGUAGAAGAACCACGCCUUUUGUCCCUAGGGUCCAGGUAACAUCGUCAGACUUCUCUCUCUUCCUCUGCUCAGUCUCUUUUUAAUCUUUUCUUUCAUUUCUGGCAGUCUUUCUCAAUCCUUCAUUACUCUCGCUCUCUCUCUGUGUGCGUUAUUUGGAAAAUGCAGUGCAGGAAAACGGCAGCAUUCCAAGUUUCUCCCCCUUUGCUCUUUUGUUCAGAUUUUAUUUUUUCCCCCAAAGUUAUACGUCAUUGCCCUUGCGAUUUAUAACCACAAUUCAUAAGAGCCGUUUCAUUAUUACAGUAUGAAUUUUGCUUAAUUAAUUGGACGGCCGUCUUGCUGAGGCUGAAAUAUUCUGCAUGAAUUACUGUAUAUAUACUGUUUUUAAUCGUUAAUUUUUUUUCCUCGCUUUUUAAAUGUGGCAUGUUUUUAGCAUCGCUUAUUAAAGUCAAGCUGUGGUACGAUAAAGUAGGACAUCAGCUCAUCGUCACUGUCCUGGGCGCCAAAGACCUGCUUUCACGAGAAGACGGGCGACCUAGGAAUCCAUACGUCAAAAUCUACUUCCUCCCCGACAGAAGCGAUAAAAGCAAGAGGAGAACGAAAACAGUGAAGAAAUCUCUGGAGCCCAAGUGGAACCAGACGUUCAUGUACUCUCCGGUGCACAGACGAGAGUUCAGGGAGCGUAUGCUGGAGAUCACGCUGUGGGACCAGGCCAGAGUCCGAGAGGAGGAGAGCGAGUUCCUGGGAGAGAUUCUGAUCGAGCUGGAGACGGCGCUGCUGGACGAUCAGCAUCACUGGUAUAAGCUCCAAACACACGACCUGUCCUCGAUGCCGCUGCCGAACCCCUCGCCCUGCAUGCAGAGACGCCUCCUGCACGGAGAGAGCCCCACACGCAGGUUACAGAACAAGGGCCCAUAUUUUUACAACUCAGGGUCACAGAGAAUCAGUGACAGCGAGUUCUCUGAUUACGACUGUGAAGACGGGAUUGGUGUUAUCUCAGAUAACCGGCACAAUGGCAGGGAUUUCCAGAGCUCCACUCUGUCUGUCCCUGAGCAGGUGAUGUCGUCCAAUCACUGUUCCCGAUCAGACAUGGCCCGCACACGCUCGCGCUCACCCAGCGUCCCUCCACUGCAAAGUCGAAGUUUAGACCACGGUGUGAGAGGAGGACCCUCGCUUUACGGCCCCCGACAUUGCCUGUCUGAAGACAGAUACUCACCAGACAGCCAGUAUCUUACCCUCCCUCCUCGAACCAGACACAGACAGCCAAGCAUCGACCCCGCUAUCCAGGACCCCAGUAUGUACCCCCUCUAUCGGGAGGACGCGGUCAGGUUACUGCGCUCCACUAGGAUGGCCCGUGCAUACUCAGACGGGGCUUACAAUAGCAUGGACAGGAGGAUGAGGAGAGAUAGACAAAUGUCUGCCUACAGUGACUCGUAUGAAUCUCCUGAGAGAUAUUACAAUGGGCCCAAUCAUGUAUCUACUCCAUGGCCCAAUCAUGUCACGAAUGGAAACGGUGGAGACUACAGAGAGGACAAUAUCCCAGAGUUCCCAGCUAACCAUGAACACUAUGAGGAAGAUCUGAGGUAUAGCCGCAGCAUGGUGGACAGACAUGAGCAUUACAGGUCCAGGUCAGCUGACCAGCGGCCCAUGAUGGAGCGACCAGUCUACACGCGCUCCCGCUCGUCCGAGCGGCCCGACUCCGGCUACAUGAGAUCCAUGCCGUCCUUACCGUCAGGGAGAUCCGCCCCUCCCUCUCCUGCCUUAACGAGGGCAAACAUCCGCACUGGAUCGGUCCAAACAAGUCCCACCAGCACGCCAGUAUCGAGUCGGAGAGGUCGGCAGCUACCGCAAGUCCCACCGAAGGGCUCUGUGGACAGAAAAGAUGGCGAGGGCAUUACCGAGCCUUAUGAAGCAGGAACAGGGGCGGUACCUCAGCCUCCUGCUCCGCCCCCUGUUCUGUACCAGCUUCCACAGACUCUGGCUGCGGUGGGAGGGGCUUCACAACCCCUGGCCCCACCCCCUCCACCUCCACAAGGCACACAAGCAAUGGCUGCUCAUAUGGGGAUGGAGUCUCCUGUCCCGGGCCCUGCUGCCACCCAUGGCCCCGUACCGCCUCCUACACAUGCUCCUCCCCCUCCUGCACACGCCCAUCCACCUUCUUCAGUUGCCACUCCCCCACCCACACAUGCCCCUCCCUCUCCAGUGCAUGCUCCUCCCCCUCCAGCUCCUGCUCCCGCCCCUCCUCCUCCUCCUGCUGCUCCAUCAUCAUCCUCACCGCUCGUCUCGCAGGCUUCUGUGCCAGAAUCCCAGGAAAAGCCUGUAGCUCCCCCAGCUGUCAAUGGGAGGAAAGAGGUGACAUGGGAGGACCAGCAGAAGAAAGCUCUUGCUGUAGUGUCAGAGUCAACAGUGUCAGAGAAUGGAGAUGCAGGCACUUUGAAGGAUCCAUCAAGGCGUGGGAUGGACAGUCUCUCCAUGAGGUCGUCGGACAGUGAUGUAAGCGACGUGUCCGCUAUGUCGAGCACAUCUCGGCUUAGCAGCACGAGCUACAUGUCUGUCCAGUCAGAAAGGGUGCGAGCGAGCCGCAGGAUCAGCCGUGCGGAGGCUCUUCAGAGUCAGGGAGAGGAGGGCGCUGUCUCUGUGGAAGAGCAGGUGGAAGCCACUACAGCGAGUGCACAGGGAGCGGGGCAUGAUGGGGAGGUGGGUGGGGCUACUGUCAACCCAGAGCAAGAGGAAGAAGAGGAGGAACCUGAGAGGGCUCAGACGGCCACCCCGGGCUCCAACAUCACCAAGAGCUCCAGUGUGGGUGGAGACAUGUGCUCGCUGGGCAGGAACGACGACGAGGACGACGACAAGAAGAGGCGCUCCAGCUUCGGAGCCAAGAUGGCCGCCAUGGUGGGACUGGGGAAGAAGAGUCAAAGCACCUCCCAGCUGGGCCCGGAGGAGGAGGGUAAGAAGAAGAAGCCGGUGCGUCUGGCGAUCCAGCGGAGCGUAGAGACUGGUUUAGCAGUCGAGAUGAAGAGCAGGAUGACACGGCAGCCCAGCCGAGAGACCACAGAAGACAGUGAAAAGGCAAAACCUGGAAAUCUAAUCUUCCCUGGAGUGAAGAUCUCUUCAGACAGCCAGUUCACUGAGUUUUUGGAUGGUCUUGGCCCCGCCCAACUCGCAGGGAGACAGACACUGGCCACGCCCCCAAUGGGUGACAUCCAGAUCGGUAUGGUACACAGGAAGAAGAGGCUGGAUGUUGAAGUUAUUCGGGCUCGAGGCCUGGUGGGCAAACCAGGGAACAAACAGACGCCAGCACCUUAUGUAAAAGUAUAUCUGUUGGACAACGGGAAGUGCAUCAACAAAAAGAAAACACGGACAGCGAGAAAAACACUGGAUCCUCUUUAUCAACAGCAACUUCAGUUUGAGGAGAAUCCUGAGGGGAAGGUUUUACAGAUCUCGGUUACAGGUGUGGCCUGA